AUGGCCCUCCCCAAGCUUCUCCUCUUCCUCCUCCUCGCCCUCGCCAAUGCCGGCGAACCCCAAGAGGAAGGCACCAGCUCGAGAAGCCUAGUGAGGGACUCGGUCACCGAGUGGCCCUCCUCCUUCCCGUUCGCCCAUUUCGAGAAGAACGACGACGACGACGACUUCGAGCUGUAUGGGGAAGAAGAAGAAGAAGAAGAAGAAGAAACGGAGGAGGAGUUGAGGAGCAAGAGACGGCGACGGCGGCGGCGGAGCCAUCCGGUGUUCUUGCCGCCCCAGGCCCGCUACUUCAUCUCCUACGCGGCGCUGUCGGCCAACCGCGUCCCCUGCCCGCCGCGCUCCGGCCGGUCCUACUACACCCACAACUGUCACAUGGCGAGGGGACCUGUCCACCCUUACUCCAGGGACUGCGAAUCCAUCUCCCGAUGCAGGAGGUGA